AUGGCGACAGCUGAGGUACUGAACAUUGGAAGAAAACUCUAUGAGGGUAAGACAAAAGAAGUCUAUGAAUUGUUAGAUAGUCCAGGAAGAGUCCUCCUGCAGUCCAAGGACCAGAUUACAGUGGGAAAUGCAGCCAGAAAGAACCACCUGGAAGGCAAAGCUGCAAUCUCCAAUAAGAUCACCAGCUGUAUUUUUCAGCUGUUACAGGAUGCCAGUAUCAAGACUGCUUUCACCAAGAAAUGUGGGGAGACUGCUUUCAUUGCACCCCAAUGUGAAAUGAUUCCAAUUGAAUGGGUGUGCCGAAGAAUAGCAACUGGAUCUUUUCUCAAAAGGAACCCUGGUGUAAAAGAGGGGUAUAAGUUUUACCCACCAAAAGAAGAGAUGUUCUUCAAGGAUGAUGCCAAUAAUGAUCCACAGUGGUCUGAGGAGCAACUCAUUGCUGCACAGUUUUGUUUUGCUGGACUUGCUAUAGGCCAGACUGAAGUGGACAUCAUGAGUCAUGCUACACAAGCUAUUUUUGAAAUACUGGAGAAAGGCUGGCUGCCUCAGAACUGCAUGCUGGUUGAUAUGAAGAUUGAAUUUGGUGUUGAUGUAACUACCAAAGAGAUUGUUCUUGCUGAUGUAAUUGAUAAUGAUUCUUGGAGACUCUGGCCAUCGGGAGAUCGGAGCCAGCAGAAAGACAAACAGUCUUACCGGGACCUCAAGGAAGUAACUCCGGAGGGACUCCAGAUGGUAAAGAAAAACUUUGAGUGGGUUGCAGAUCGAGUGGAGUUGCUUCUGAAGUCAGACAGUCAGUGCAGGGUUGUAGUGCUGAUGGGUUCAGCUUCUGACCUUGGUCACUGUGAGAAAAUUAAGAAGGCUUGUGUAAACUUCGGGAUUCCGUGUGAACUCCAAGUGACAUCUGCCCAUAAAGGACCAGAUGAGACAUUGAGGAUUAAAGCAGAGUAUGAAGGGGAUGGCAUACCUACUGUAUUUGUCGCAGCGGCAGGCAGAAGCAAUGGUUUGGGCCCAGUGAUGUCUGGUAACACUGCAUAUUCAGUUAUCAGCUGUACCCCCAUCAAAGCAGACUGGGGUGCUCAGGAUGUGUGGUCAUCUCUUCGAUUGCCCAGUGGUCUUGUCUGUUCAACUAUACUCUCUCCAGAAGGAUCCGCCCAGUUUGCUGCUCAGAUAUUUGGGUUAAACAAUCAUUUGGUGUGGGCCAAACUUCGAGCGAGCAUAUUGAACACGUGGAUAUCUUUAAAGCAAGCUGACAAGAAAAUCAGAGAAUGCAAUUUGUAAAAAAAGGAAAGGAAGGAAGAGGAAAAAAUUACCUUUUAGGAGAAAAGUUACACGUUCCUAGUUUGGAUUAAAAAGAAAAGAAUUCAAACAAAAUGAUUUCACAUCAGAGAAAUCAGUUCAACUAACUACUGAACAAAUGGUCCUCUAGCUAUCACCCACUAUAUGGUCACUGUUGGGCAGUUGUGUAACAUUAGC